AUGGGUAUCAUGGGAGGUCACUUUGUUGGCAUGUUCGGGACGAGAGACGAAUGGUUCAAUCUACGCAUGCUACCCUUCAUACUGAUCUGGGCCAUUUUCGCAAUCGUAUUCCUGAUAUGGCUCUUCAUUACUCUCUUUGUCCCGAACCCUCGGCCACCCUUUCCCCAGGAAAAACAAUUCACUACGGUCGAUAAGACGGGCGACGUGACUGAUCCGGAGCCAUUACCUUGCUGGUACGAGGACAUGAUACGCCGCUAUGGCCAGGCUCGGCGAGAAGACCCAGAGCGGGAGAUCGAGGUUGAAAGGGACAUCGGAAUCGAGCCGGCCGAAGUGUUCAUGACGCUGGUCGUGCCAGCGUUCAACGAGGAGGACAGACUAUCAGGGAUGCUCGAGGAGGCCGUGAAUUUCCUCGAGACAGAAUAUGGAACGUCGAAAUCAGACGAAAAUACAGGCUUGGACACACUUGCAGAAACGGCCACAGCAACAACAACAACAGACACAUCCCAAACACCGCGGAAACGCAAGACCAAGUCGGCCAAAGCGAACGGUACGCCAACACCAGCAGCUCCGCUCCGAGGGUGGGAAAUCAUCCUUGUAGACGACGGGUCUACAGACCACACGCUCCUGACGGCGCAGACGUUUUCCCGGAAACACAUUCUCCCUGCGCAGCCGCGCCGCGACUCAGGGCCCUGGACACACCGCAGCCCGAAAGGCGUGAGCAUCCCGCCUGGGUCGAUCCGCAUGGUGUCCCUGCUCUCCAACCGGGGCAAAGGCGGUGCGGUGGUGCACGGCAUGCGCCAUGCGCGAGGGCAGUACGUGCUCUUCGCCGACGCCGACGGGGCGUCGAAAUUCUCCGACCUCAGCAAGCUCGUAUCGUCUCUCCGGUCCAUCGAGGACGAGUCGGGCCGCGGCGUCGCGGUCGGGAGCCGCGCACACCUCGUCGGGUCCGACGCCGUGGUCAAGCGCUCCAAGCUGCGCAAUUUCCUCAUGCACUCGUUCCACCUCUUGCUCAAGUUCAUGACCCCGCCCGCCACGGCGCGCAUAGCAGAUACCCAGUGCGGCUUCAAGCUCUUCUCCCGCGCCAGCCUGCCGCACAUCGUGCCGCACAUGCACAUGGAAGGCUGGAUCUUCGACGUCGAAAUGCUCAUGCUGGCCGAGUUCAGCGGCAUCCCCGUCGUCGAGGUCCCCAUCGGCUGGCGCGAGGUCAUGGGGAGCAAAUUGAACGUCGUACGGGACAGUAUUGGCAUGGCAUGGGGUCUGGCCCUAUUACGACUCUGCUGGGGAACAGGGAUCUAUAGAAAAGGAGAGUGA